AUGGACUCCAUAGACAAGAAAGUUCAUGAGAAAUUAGAUGAAGAAGAACUUGAAGAUACAGCAGAGAAUGCAAAACCUUUGUUCGAAGAAGAAGUUAGAAAAAUGCAUGAAAAACAAAUAGAACAUGAACAUGAGAUAUGUUCUGGUUAUAGAGACUCUCCAUACGAACUAAACCAAUGGGAACAAGAAGAUUUAAAGAGAGAAUUUAGAGAAUAUGAACUCGCUAAAGUUUCAUUAGAAGCUGCAGAAGAGAGGUUAAAAGUUUGGGGUCCUUUUGUACAAAAAUAUUAUGAGUAA